AACGGCAAAAAGGGCAUGCGAAGCUGGGGUCGGGGCAACUUCGGGCAGCACGGGCAGUCCGGGCAGGUUCGCAUCACCGACUCAGUGGAAUCGUUCGUUGGCAGAGGAAAAAGUUUAAAUAGGGGAGAAGAGAGAGAAAGAGAGAAGACCAUACGGAACACAACACCUCUCUCUCUCUCUCUCCCCCUCUUUUUGCCUUUAUAUCCCGCUCUCCUUUCCUCUUCUGCUUCCGGUCCUGGGGCGAUUUUCUCCUCCUCUCUGGAAAUCGCCUGGUUCGAUCGCGGCUCGUCGAUCUGGGAGCGGCAAUCGCGACGGAGAUCUCGUCUCUCUUCUGACAAGGCAAUCAGGAGCGUUGAAGAUAUGGAGCACGACGAGACUGGAUGCCAGGCCCCCGAAGGUCCGAUCCUCUGCAUCAAUAACUGCGGCUUCUUUGGAAGCGCAGCCACAAUGAAUAUGUGCUCCAAGUGCCACAAAGAGAUGGUUCGGAAGCAGGAGGAAGUCAAGCUUGCAGCAUCAUCCAUUGGCAGCAUUGUCAAUGGCAAUGGUAGCAGCAGCAGCAGCAGCAGCAACGGGAAGGAGCCUGUUGUUGUUGGCAACAUAGAUGUAGCGGUUGGGUCUGUCAACAAAAAGAUUGUAUCAUCCCAGCCGGCAGAUGCUUUGGCCUCAAGCGAGGGCGGGGAAGCAAAGGCGAAGGAGGGUCCAAACAGAUGCAAUGCUUGCAGGAAGCGUGUUGGGCUGACAGGGUUCAGCUGCCGAUGUGGGAAUCUUUUUUGCGCGGUUCAUCGCUAUUCCGACAAGCACAACUGCCCAUUUGAUUACCGGACGGCCGCUCGGGAUGCGAUCGCAAAAGCCAACCCUGUUGUCAAGGCUGAAAAGCUCGACAAGAUAUAGAGGCUCCAGAGGGAAGGUUCUCUGAUUUGAAGCUUCUUGUCUCUCUGUGCCUCUUUAUUUUCAUUUUGGCUGCUCUUCAUGGUAGGUAUCCUUUAUCUCCACAUUGGUGGUUGGAGGCAUGGCUGUUUGGCCAUCUUUGCAGUAUCGAGAACUCUAUAUUCAGUCCUUGGUUGGUGAUGAUUUGUUUGCUGGAUCCAGUGUGUAAGCUUCUAUUCGUGCUGGUUUGAUGGACUUUGUCGUGGCUUAUGAUUUGGUUAGCUUUGUAAUUUGCUGUUCUGGUGCACAUGACAUGCUCUAUUUGGCAGUAGUUUCAUCCAGUGAUGUGGAAGGAUUCUCUCUGCACUGAAUGUGUCCAACUUGGAUAUAUUAGCUCUGUAAUUUUAUGCUCGUUCACGUGGUUUUUAUUC